CUCAGAAGCCACGUGGGCCACGUUGGGAAGAACUGAGGGAGCAGAGUGCUAACUGGGUGACAUGCACUGUAGAACAGACUGUACUCUCCUUCCGGGACCUUGUCGUUCUGCGGCUAAAGACGAAUGUCUAAGACCAAGCUUGCCCCAUGAGCCGUAGAAGCACCUGACCCAACACCAGAGGCUCCUUCACCUCUGCCCACGCAGCAACGAGUCUGACGGAUGGCUUUGGAUGACAUUCAUAAUGUGCACCAGCUUUCAGAAGAAGGGCUUCUAGAGGAGCCUCUCGGGUCUUUUCGCCAUUCCUCCAGGACUUCCACUGUAAGGAAAGCAGCCCCUGGACCAACAUCCUCUAAGAUGUUUAUAUGGACCAGUGGCCGGACCUCUUCAUCUUACAGACACGAUGAGAAAAGAAAUAUUUACCAAAAAAUCAGGGACCACGACCUCCUGGACAAAAGGAAAACUGUCACAGCACUGAAAGCAGGAGAGGACCGGGCCAUUCUCCUGGGCCUGGCCAUGAUGGUCUGCUCCAUCAUGAUGUACUUCCUUCUGGGAAUCACGCUCCUGCGCUCGUACAUGCAGAGCGUGUGGACUGAGGAGUCUCAAUGCACCUUGGUGAAUGCGUCCAUCACAGAAACAUUUAACUGCUCCUUCAGCUGUGGUCCAGACUGCUGGAAACUCUCUCAGUACCCCUGCCUCCAGGUGUACGUUAACCUGACUUCCUCUGGUGAAAAGCUCCUUCUCUACCACACCGAAGAGACCAUGAAAAUCAAUCAGAAGUGCUCCUAUAUUCCUAAGUGUGGGAAAAAUUUUGAAGAAUCCAUGUCCCUGGUGAAUGUUGUGAUGGAAAACUUCAGGAAGUAUCAACACUUCUCCUGUUAUUCUGACCCAGAAGGAAACCAGAAGAGCGUCAUCCUAACCAAACUCUACAGUUCCAACGUGCUGUUCCAUUCACUGUUCUGGCCAACAUGUAUGAUGGCUGGGGGCGUGGUGAUCGUUGCCAUGGUGAAACUCACACAGUACCUCUCCCUGCUCUGUGAGAGGAUUCAACGGAUCAAUAGAUAAAAGCAAAGGGGAUGAGAUCAUUUUCUUUAAAGCUCAAAUACUGUUUUCUUUCAUUCUUCACCAAAGAACCUUAAGUUUGUAAUGUGCAGUCUGUUAUGAGUUCCUUAAUAUAUUCUUAUACGUAGAGCAAUAAUGCAAAAGCUGUUCUAUAUGCAAACAUGAUGUCUUUAUUAUUCAGGAGAAGAAAUAACUGUUUUGUGUUGGUUGGUUGUUUUCAUAAUCUUGUUUUGAUGCUGGAACUAGUACUUCCUUCUCUCGUUCCGCCAAAACAGGGCUCAGCUAUUCAUUUGCCAAGUUUUGUGAAGGAAUGUAGACAAUACCAAUGUGAUAAGGUCUGUGUUCUCAAUUGUCAGAUCUCUUGAAGACAUUUCUGCAAUAUUUUUCAUCAUCCAUUGUUUACUAAAGCUGCAGCCAAAAAUGUUCUUUCUUUUCCUACUCAAAACUGAGCCCUGUAGCAAGUGAAGGGACCAUAUUUCCUAACUAAAGGAUAUGAAGCAUUUUCCUUAUAUUUCUACCAUAUCACUGUAAAGAAGAGCAAAAACCCAGACGGUUAUUUCUCUUUUAUUAUUUUCUAUUCAUAACUGUAGAUUUUUUAACUGAUUUCCAAAAAUAAGCUGUUUUCAUCAACUGAUUCUGUAAUCUCUUCCUGUGAUUUAAAUAGAAAAUGAACCGAGCCCUUUUCCAUUUAAGACCCUGCUACUGUGUGAGGAGAUAACACUUACAAAGAGUUUCAUUACAUGUGAAUUGACUGAAUGUUGAGUAGGUGCACCACUGCAAUCCAGGAAAAUCUAUGUCACUAAGGUAUUUGUGUGAAAAUCUUUAUUCUAUUUCAAUUCAACUGUUAGAUGGUAAAAUUAAGAUCCUAAUUGCUGGGCAAGACUGUUGGACUGUUGAUUUCAGUGGGUAAAUCUAUUGUGGUAAAAUUAACAUAUUGGAAUGUUACUCUUUGGAAAUUUAUGUUUAACUUAACGAGUGUGUAGUCUCUCUUUCUGACAAGUGUUCCCCAUUGGGAUUUUAAAACUAUGUGCACAGAA